UCUCUGGCUACUGUUUCUCUCUCUCUCUCUCUCUCUUUCCAAAAGGUGUUGCUUUUGUGAUUAUCCUUAUUUGACAAUGCCUGCAGAAGUGAUUCCUGAGAAAACCUUCCAUGGGAUGUAUGCCCAUGUAAAAGAAACCACUUCCAUCUUCUCCAGAAGGUUGGAAGGAAAGAUUGCAAUAGUGACAGGUGGUGCCGGAGGGAUUGGUGCAGCCACCGUGAGGCUAUUUGUCAAACAUGGUGCAAAAGUAGUCAUAGCAGAUAUCAAUGAUGAAUGUGGACUAGCACUCUCUACCUCGUUGUCACCUUUAGCGACAUAUGUUCAUUGUGACGUUAGCCUAGAAGUUGAUGUUCAAAACCUAAUAGACUCCACGGUUGCAUGCUAUGGCCGAAUCGACAUCAUGUUUAACAAUGCUGGUGUGCUCGGUAAUCAAUCCAAGCACAAGAGCAUUGUUAACUUUGAUGUAGAUGAAUUUGACCGAGUAAUGAACGUGAAUGUCAGAGGCGUGGCUCUAGGGAUGAAACAUGCUGCCAGGGUUAUGAUCCCGAGAGGGAGUGGAUGCAUCAUUUCAACCGCUAGUGUGGCGGGUGUCAUGGGCGGCAUGGGUCCACACGCAUACACGGCCUCAAAACACGCGAUUGUAGGUCUAACAAAGAAUAUUGCUUGUGAACUUGGGCGACAUGGGAUUAGGGUUAAUUGUAUUUCGCCUUUUGGGGUCGCAACAUCGAUGCUCGUGAAUGCGUGGAGACACGAGGACGAUGAUGAUAAUGAAGAAGAAGAUGGAAAUGUACAUUUUAGGACACCGAAUGAGAAAGAAAUCAAAGAAACCGAGAGGUUUGUCAGUUCAUUAGGGAACUUGAAGGGUACAACCCUAAAAGCUAAGGACAUAGCCGAAGCAGCCGUUUACCUUGCAAGUGAUGAGUCUAGGUACGUAAGUGGUCAUAACCUUGUUGUAGAUGGUGCGGUUACCACCUCGAAAAAUUGUGUUGAUUUGUAGUAAAUUGCAGUAACUGAUGUUUUGAAUAAUCGUGUGAUUGGUUCUUCAAUCGUAAAGAAAUUGUUGUUUUUAAUCCAAUAUUAGACAUUGCGACAAAAA